AUGAAGGCCUUGCUUGGUGCUUAUCAUGUUUGGGAGCUGGUAGAGUCUGGAGUUGAUGAAGCGGAAGAUGCCGCAGCCAUAAAUAAGAAAGAUCAAAAGGCACUCACUCUCAUCCAUCAAGGUUUGGAUGACAAGACGUUCGAGAAGGUUGCAAAUGCGACAACCUCCAAGCAAGCAUGGGACAUUCUUCAAACUUCCUUUAAAGGUUUGGACAAAGUGAAAAAGGUUCGUCUCCAAACCUUAAGAAGAGAGUUUGAAUCAUUGCAUAUGAAAGAAAAUGAAUCUGUUUCAGAUUAUAUUUCAAGAGUUUUGGCUAUUGUCAAUCAAAUGAAAAGAUAUGGUGAAAAGUUGAAGGAUGAUCGGGUCGUUGCAAAAAUACUACGAUCCCUUGAUUCAAAAUUUGAUUAUAUUGUUGUUGCUAUUGAAGAGUCCAAAGACUUGGACACCAUGACCAUAGAUGAACUUUCGAGUUCUUUACAAGCCCAUGAAGAAAAAUUGAAGAAACCGAAAGAAGAAUCGGUUGAAAAGGCGUUGCAAGAAACACUUUCCUUCAAGGAGAAAGAUAAAAGGCGUGGUUCGCAGCAAAGAGUUCGUAGAAAUGGAAGAGGUCGUGGUAGAGGAGGAAGAGGUGGUAGUCAACCACCAAAUAGAGACAAUAAAAGCCAAGACUAUAGUCAAAGAAGAGGUCGUGGAAGAGGUAAUUCGGAGGAGAAAAACAACUUUGUGGAGAGAAAAAAUGAAGAUGAAGAUGUCACUCUACUUCUUGCAUGUAAAGGAGAAGAAAGUGUGAAAAAGAACAAAUGGUACCUUGACUCCGGUGCAAGUAGUCAUAUUUGUGGAAAGAAAAAUUUAUUUGUGGAGCUUAAGGAGCUGAAUGGUGGCCCAAUCACUUUUGGAGACUCUUUACGAGUUCAAAUUAAAGGAAAAGGCAAAAUCGGAGGUGUUUGA